GGCUCCGCUGGAGCGGCCGCGGCGGGGCGGGGGCGGCGCCGGGCGGGGCGUAUAUCCCGUCCGGCGGAGGGCGGGCCCGCCAGUGCCUGGACCGGGACGCGCCGGGUGGAAGCGCCGGGAGCCGCAGCCGGGAGGCGUCGCGCGCGUGGACCGUCGCUCUCUGAGCCCAGGGAGCCGCUGAGCACGAGAAGAGCCCGCUCUCGCUGCCGCCGCCCCGCCCGCCCGCGCGCCCGCACCUCGCACCUCGCACCUCGCCGCUCGCUCUCCGGGCCCGCGCCCCGCGCCGCCAUGAACCACUCGCCGCUCAAGACCGCCCUGGCCUACGAGUGCUUCCAGGACCAGGACAGCUCGACGCUGGCUCUGCCGUCGGACCAGAAGAUAAAGACCGGCACGUCGGGCCGGCAGCGCGUGCAGGAGCAGGUGAUGAUGACCGUCCAGCGGCAGAAGUCCAGGACUUCCCAGUCGUCCACCUUGAGCCGCUCCAACCGAGGUUCCACGUAUGAUGAGCUGGCCGACGGCUACAACGGCUGCGGAACCACCAGCCGGAGCGUCUACUACUCGAAGUUGCAGGCGGGGAGCGGCCCGUGGGCUUACCCGAUCUACAAUGGGACCCUUAAGCGGGAGGCAGACAACAGACACUUCAGCUCCUACAGCCAGAUGGAGAGCUGGGGCCGGCAGUACCCCCGCAGUGGCUGCAAUCCCCCCGGCACCGGCAGCGACAUCUGCUUCAUGCAGAAGAUCAAGGCCAGCCGCAGCGAGCCCGACCUCUACCGCGACCCCCGCGGUACCCUGCGCAAGGGCACGCUGGGCGGCAAAAGCUACAGGACCGCCCAGAACCGCCACAGCAUCUACAGCACCUGCAGCGGCCAGAAGGCGGUCAAGAGGUACCUGGUGUGCCCGCCCUCCGGUGUGUCCAAGCAGGACCCCGUGUACGUCCAGCCCGCCUCCUGCACCAAGGACCAGGCCUUCAUUCACUCGAGGGCCAGCUCCAAGAUCUGCAGCGAGGACAUUGAGUGCAGCGGGCUGACCAUCCCCAAGGCCGUGCAGUACCUGAGCUCCCAGGACAAGAAGUGCCAGGCCAUCGGGGCCUAUUACAUCCAGCACACCUGCUUCCAGGAUGAGUCUGCCAAGCAGCAGGUGUGCCAGCUGGGCGGCAUCGGCAGGCUGGUCGGCCUCCUCCGCAGCCCCAACCAGAGCGUGCAGCGGGCCGCGGCCGGGGCGCUGCGCAACCUCGUGUUCCGUAGCGCCGCCAACAAGCUGGAGACUCAGAGGCAGAGCGGCAUCCGCGAGGCCGUCAGCCUCCUGACGAGGACCGGCUGCACGGAGGUCCAGAAGCAGCUGACCGGGCUGCUCUGGAACCUGUCCUCCACCGAGGAGCUGAAGGAGGAGCUGAUCUCGGACGCCCUGCCCGUCCUGGUUGACCGGGCCAUCAUCCCGUUCUCCGGCUGGUGCGACGGCGACAGCAGCCAGCCCCAGGAAGCCGUGGACGCCGAGGUCUUCUUCAACGCCACCGGCUGCCUGAGGAACCUGAGCUCCGCGGACAAGGGGCGCCAGACCAUGCGCAGCUACACGGGGCUCAUUGACUCCCUCAUGGUCUAUAUCCAGAACCGCGUGCAGGCCGGCUGCUGUGACGACAAGUCUGUGGAGAACUGCAUGUGCAUCUUGCACAACCUCUCCUACCGCCUGGACACCGAGGUGCCCACCCGCUACCGCCAGCUGGAGCGCAACAGCCGCAGCGCCUACACCGAGAAGUCCUCCACCGGCUGCUUCAGCAGCAGGGGCCACAGGAUGGCGAACAACAACUCCGACCGCCCACUUCCUGAGGAGGAGCCCAACCCCAAGGGCAGCAGCUGGCUGUACCACUCGAGCGCCGUCCGCACCUACCUGAACCUCAUGGGCAAGAGCAAGAAGGACGCCACCCUGGAGGCCUGCGCCGGUGCCCUGCAAAACCUGACCGCCAGCAAGGGGCUGAUGUCCAGCGACAUGAGCCAGCUGAUUGGGCUGAAGGAGAAGGGCCUGCCUCACAUCGCCAACCUCCUGCAGUCGGGCAACUCAGACGUGGUGCGGUCCGGAGCUUCCCUCCUGAGCAACAUGUCCCGCCACCCCGCGCUGCACAGGGUGAUGGGGAACCAAGUGUUCCCAGAGGUGACCAGACUCCUCACCAGCCACACCGGCCACACCAGCAACUCGGAGGACAUCCUGUCCUCGACCUGCUACACCGUGAGGAACCUGAUGGCAUCGCUGCCGGGCACGGCCAAGCAGCACUUCUCCAGCGGCAUGAUCAGCAACGUUGCCAACCUGUGUCGCAGCAGUGCCUCCCCCAAGGCUGCAGAGGCCGCCCGACUCCUCCUGGCCGACAUGUGGUCCAGCAGGGAGCUGCAGGGGGUCCUCAGACAGCAAGGUUUCGAUAGGAGCACGCUGAGAGCCUUAGUUGGGGCCAGCAACCUCCAGAACUUCACCUCCCGAUUCUAA